UCGUGUCUGCAAGUAUGAAGUCCGCAGCAAGGGUAUUUUACCUGGCGGUAUUCACCUUGUUAGGCUCUACACAUGCUGGCGAGGACGCAAGAGGCACACCGUCCUCCAGCGUGACGGAUCCCAGCCCAAAUGUCUGCGCGUUCGAACCAGGCGCAGUGGUAUCAGAUGCCUGUGCCACUUAUUCCACCUUAGAGAACCUCAAUUCGAUCCUUCAACCCUACGUCCAAUCGAUCACGCAGAAUACCGACUUCUUCUCCUACUACCGAGUAAACCUGUAUAACAAGAAAUGCCCCUUCUGGUCCGAAGAAAAUGAGAUGUGCGGGAAUAUAGCCUGCGCUGUGAAUACGCUAGACAAUGAGGAAGACAUCCCGUUGGUAUGGAGAGCAAGUGAGCUGGGGAAGUUGGAGGGUCCUAAGGCCACUCAUCCAGGCAGGAGAGAGCAGGGGGCGCGAGAGUCAGAUCGUCCUCUACAGGGCGAGCUAGGGGAAAGUGUGGAAGAAACAUGUGUCUUAGAGUCGGACGACGAAUGCGACGAACGAGACUACUGCAUCCCGGAAGACGAACGAGCUUCCUCCAAGGGCGACUACGUCAGCUUGGUGGAUAACCCCGAGCGAUUCACAGGCUAUGCCGGAGUGGGGGCUCAGCAGGUGUGGGAAACCAUAUAUGGUGAAAACUGCUUCACGAAAGAACCCGCUGAGGUUGGAAUCAGCGAAGAGUCCAGUACUUGGGAAGGCAGCCUCUUCCAAGCUCAAGCGGCCCGCGAUCUCCGGAGCGUGCUACAUGAGCAAGGCGUGCAGCAACAAGUCCAAAACGCAAUCGCCAAGGGGAAAGCCACCUCCCAGCUCGACGGACUCGAGUUCGAGGAUUCCUGCAUCGAAAAGCGAGUCUUCUACCGCGUUGUCAGCGGCAUGCACACCUCCAUCACCGCGCACAUCUGCGCCGACUACCUCAACCAAACGACCGGGCAAUGGGGCCCGAACCUCGAAUGCUAUCUCGCCCGUCUCCAUGACUACCCGGAGCGCCUCUCCAACAUGUACUUCAACUACGCCCUCCUCCUCCGCGCCACCUCGAAGCUUCGCAAUCACGUCACGAACUACAAAUACUGCUCCGCCGACCCCGAGCAAGAUCGCCUGACGAAACGCCUCGUCCUGAGCCUCGCGGACGCGAUCCCGUCCGGCCACGAGAUCUUCGACGAGACCGUCAUGUUCCAGUCCCCCGACGCCGUCGGGCUCAAGGAAGAUUUCCGCAACCGGUUCCGCAACAUCAGCCGCAUCAUGGACUGUGUCGGCUGCGACAAGUGCCGACUGUGGGGCAAACUUCAGACGGCCGGCUACGGCACCGCGCUGAAGGUUUUGUUCGAAUUCGACGAGAACGACCCGAGCAAAGACCCGCCACUCCGGAGAACGGAGCUGGUAGCGCUGGUGAAUACGCUGGGGAGGGUGAGUAGGAGUUUGCAUGCGGUGCAGCAGUUUCGACAUAUGCUCGAGGAGCGGGUGGGCAGGCCGGUGGUGCAGAAUAAGACGCAUCGAGAGCGGGUUGAGGAGUCGAAGAGUAGCGGAUCGCCGGCAACGAGAAAGAAAGGAGAAAAGGUGGACGAUGAUGGAUAUCCAGACUUUUCGAGGCGCCCAAGCAAAGGGUUGACGACCAUAGAGAUAUUCUGGGAGGAAGUGGAUUUGGUGUGGCGAGCAUAUAAGUUCGUGCUGAAGAGCUGGAUUGCGUUCCCUGGCCGAUUAUGGAAUAUCAUCAUCCUUGAAUCGAGUCGGCUCUGGGACUUUUGGCUCGGAUUGCCGAUCACGAGGCGGAGCUGGCAGUUCAAAUUCCCUGGAAGAGAUGCUUUAUAUGAGAGAGACGAGAUAUAGAUACGCUGCAUUGUAUUCUGUUCUAUAAUUCCCACAAUAGGUGGUAGAUAAGCAUGGAUGGCGUAUCAUGGGAUAUUUCGGGUGCCAUACUUUGUCUACGG